AUGGCUCACCCCACGAUCAAAAUCGACACCAGUGUCCCGCCGACCAAGCGCGGUCUGCCCGAUGAUGACGAGGAGGGGCUGGAGGUCGUAGACGACCCCGAGCUGGACAGGCCGGCUUUGGAAACGGGCGAUACGGAUGAGGUUCCUCCGUUUUUGUGCCAGUCGCUUCAAGAAAUCCAUCAAAAAUUCGACGAACUCGAAUGGAUCCAAAGAGCGCGGAUAAACGAAGGCACUAUGGCCCAGGAUCCUUCGCAUCGCUGGGCUUUGGAGGAUGACCCGGAGGUCAAGGCGAGAAAUCGAUACAUGAAUGUGCAGGCGUGGGCAAAUUCUCGCAUUCAUCUGCGGGUGCCUGAUGGCAAGUGCGACUUCAUCAAUGCGUCGCCGAUCGUGUUGAGGGAUUCCCUCUCCCAGGAGGAACGCAGAUACAUAGCCACCCAGGGCCCGAAAUUGGGAAAUAUCACACACUUUUGGCAGAUGGUCUUUCAUGAAACCAAAGACGUCGGCGUGAUCGUCAUGCUCACCCAGACCUUCGAGUCUGGUCGGGAAAAGUGCUCCCAGUACUUCCCCCUCAGCAGCCAGAAUCCCACCAUAAUCCUGCGUGAAGACGAAAGCGACCACUUUGCCAACGAUGACUCCGAGGAGGACAUGGAGGACGGGGUGCUGGGACAUGUCACGUUGCUGGAAACAGUGGUCGAUGUUCAAUCGCGCUCGGAAGUUCGCAAACUUCAGCUCACGUUCGGAUCCGAGUCGAAGAUUGUCUGGCACUUCCUCUUUUCGGGCUGGGCGGAUUACUCCAAACCCGAAGGCGAGGAUCGCGACGCUCUGCUCCAUCUGAUCAAGCUAUCUGCGUCAAAGUGCACUCCAGACAAUCCCCGCAUUGUGCACUGCAGCGCUGGAGUUGGUCGCACGGGUACCUUCAUUGCGCUCGACCACCUCUUGCUCGAGCUUGAGUCGGAACAACUCCUCAAGGCGACCGAUCCCGAUGUGGACCCCGUGUUCGAGACCGUCAACCAGAUGCGUGAGCAACGCAUGAUGAUGGUCUACAACGAAAUGCAGUUGCACUUCAUCUAUGAGGUGCUGCGGGAGCAGGUGGAUUUGAAGCUGGGAAAGAUCCCCGACUCCAACGGGCGACGGUCAGAUGAGCGAUCGACCAAGAUAGCCAAGCUGUCGGACGAGUCAGAUUUCCUGGGCUCGUCCAAGCCCGAACUGGAACCUGUUCCAGAUCGGUCUCCGACGCCGACAAGGAGUUGGUCGGGGACUCCCGAGGUGUCUGACAAUUAUUAA